AUGAACAACCCCGCCCUGCCACCGUACGGUGCGGCUGGAAGGGCUUUUCCGCCAUCCCCUGCCCAGGCUGCAUUUCAACCGGGCCUGGUAGCGAACCACUUGCAACAGCUAACCCACCCUCAAGUUGCACCGCAGCCCAUAUCGCAGCCCAUCUAUCAUCAGAAUCCGGGGCAUAUUGGCGCCUUUCCACCGUCUAAUCAUAGCCCAUCUCAACAAGGUCGGUGGGCUUCGUCGCUUGCGCUGCACCAUGCUGAUCUUGUGCCAGGAUAUCCGACGAAUGGGCCGUCGCCCAUGUCAUUGACCCAAGCAGCGAGUCAACCUCCUCCCUACGCUUCCACGCUGCCCCAAAUGUCGACGCCGACCCCUCCACUGCAAGCAGCAUCAUCUGCAUCAAGCGACACGCACACAGCGGCCGUCAUGGGACUUCCUGUCCAUUCCAAUUCCAGUCUAGCCCAGCAAGCGCAGAUGCAGAAUGCGGCGCAAAUGGCGCACAACAUCCCACAGCAACAGCAGGCGCAGUCAGAGCAUCAACUAGAUGGAGGAGCGGUGUCCAUGUCACCGCAGUCUGCUGCUCGAGAGCGCGCAAGGGUGUCCGUCUUAUUGGACAUCAACACACAUCUAUUGCAAGAGGUGAUAUCGCUACAAGAACAGGAGAAGACAGGCAAUUCGGCGGUCUCAGGACAACAAUCACCGGAUUCGCCAUCCUCAGCAACCGACCCGACAAACGCGCUGAACAGUUCCGCUGAUGAGCCACCGAAGUCGGCCGGCGGAGCCAAGCAACCUUCACAGGAAUACGCAGAUUGUAUGCGUCGGCUACAGGCAAAUUUGUCAUAUUUGGCUGCCAUCGCAGACGCGAAAAAGAAGGCGAAUGGCGCUCUGCCUUAUGGUCCGACAAUCAUGGCGCCGCCAGCACACCUAUCCAAAGUUCACGAUCUCUACAAACAACUAAACUCUCUCUUUCCCGAUGCUGGACAGUCUGCGACGAACAAAGGCCUCGCGACGCAACAGCAUCAUGGUCAGAACGCAACAGCCGAGUUGCGGCAGUCGGAUUCGGUUUUGGCAGAUGUGUGA